GCGAUUCGGUUCGAAAAAAGAAAAAUAAAAUAAUAAAAAAAAAAUCCGUCAGCUCAAGAAGCAAAAAGUAAAGAAAAAAAAAGUUAAUAGUUGAAUCAUUCACUUGUCUCCUUGCGAGACCACAACGCGCAAUUGAUUUAUACGGAUUAAUUCAUUAUUUUCAUAAUGCAGUCACAAAUUCUCUCAAUACUCCUGACGAUUUUCAUCGCGAACGCUAAAUCAGAAUGGAUGGCAUGUCCAGAACUCAGUCCAGUCCUUCGAAUACCAUGUAAAUGCAGAGUUGAACAAACAGAAGUAAUUGGACAGUCAACAUCAAUCGGAAUGGAUUGUGAUCGAAUAAUUUUCACAACAGAAACACCAAACAUUCCAAAAGGAGCACCGAUUAGUGCAUUUUCACAAAGACACUCGGGUCAAUUGCUACCUGUCCAAACGUUAGCAUCAUCAAGUUUACCGAUAACAAAACUCGAUUUCUCAUACAAUUCCAUAAGAAGAUUGUCAGAUAAAGCAUUCAAUGGAAUACAGGACACAUUAGUGGAACUUCGAUUGACAAAUAAUUUAUUAGGUGACGCGUUGAAUCCAAUCUUUUCCACGGUUGAGUUUACGUCGCUUUCUAACCUACAAGUGUUGGAUUUGUCGGCUAAUAAGAUUCGUGGAAUUGAGCGUGGAUUAUUGAAAGGAUGUGAGAACUUGGAGGAAUUCAUAAUGGAUGAAAACAGCUUGACCGAAGUUCCAACAAACUCAUUAAAUGGGCCAACAUCAUUGCGAGUCUUAUCAUUGCGUGGAAAUCUCAUACAAAAUGUUAAAUCCGAUGCCUUUUCAUCACAAUCGGAUUUGGAGAAAAUUGACUUGAGAAAUAAUCGAAUUGAUCUUAUUGACGGCGAUGCAUUUGGACAAUUGGUGAAAAUUAAAGAAAUUUAUUUGUCUGGUAAUUUGAUCAGCCGCAUGAACAGCGAUGUCUUUGAGGGAAUUAAAACGUUGCAGAAAUUGGAUCUGUCUGAAAAUUUCAUUGCGAGCUUUCCACUUGUGGCACUUAAGGAUUUGGAAAAUCUGAAAGUCUUGAAUUUGUCAUCAAAUAUUAUUAAGAAUUUGGAUUCUACACAUUUGCAGUCAAUGAAGUUGUUGCAGAUUUUGGAUGUUAGUAGGAAUGACAUAGCUUCUAUUCAACCAGGAACCUUCAGAGAACAAAAGAUGUUGAGAUUCUUGGACUUGAGCUUGAAUUCUUUGAGAACAAUUGAAGACGAUGCCUUGGAAGGUCUUAACAACCUCCAAACCCUCAUCAUUCGAGACAAUAACAUUCUUUUGAUCCCAGGCAGUGCUCUAGGUCGUCUCCCGAAGCUGUCAAACCUUUAUCUCGACUACAACCGUGUUGCUGCUCUCUCAUCAGACAUUCUAGGCUCUCUACAACCAGAAGAUAUCCGCUAUAUGUCAUUAUCAAGAAACGUCAUUCGAGAACUUCCAGGUGGAAGCUUUCAAAUGUUCAAAAAUCUUCUCUAUUUAGACCUUUCUGGUAACAGCUUAGCAACAAUUCAUGCUGAAAUGUUUUUCGGUCUUGAAAAUUCAUUAAUGGAACUCCGACUUGGACAGAAUAAAAUUACAAAUGUUGGCAACAAUCCACUCCGUCUGAAGCGAUUGAAGAAGCUUGAUUUGAGUCAUAACAAUAUCGUUGACAUUCCCGACAAUGCAUUCGAUGGUGUUGAGCAAUUAACUCAUUUGAAUUUGAGUCAUAAUAACCAUUUAGCUCCAAUUCCAGUCGAGUUGAUUCAUUCAUUGAAUAAGCUACAGGUCAUUGACUUUUCUGAUAUUGGAUUGAAAUCGAUCUUCCCAGAGAUGUUUGCACGAACUCCAAAUUUGAAGGCAAUCUACAUGAAAAAUAACAAGAUUCAGGAACUGACUGAAGGAACAUUCACAAACAUGAGAAACUUGACGCUCAUCGACUUAUCGGACAAUAAAAUCUCAACAAUCCGUCCUGCAUCGUUCAUUAAUGUCAUGAAUAUCAAGCAACUUUCAUUGAAAGGAAAUGAACUUAGUAUUUUUAAAGGCGAAAUCUUCAAUACGGGUACAAGCUUGGAAGAGCUUGACAUUUCAGAAAAUCAAUUAACUUAUCUGUUUCCUACAUCAUUCCGUAUUCAUCCAAGGCUUAAAAAACUGUAUGCAUCAAACAAUAAAUUUAGUUAUUUCCCAUCUUCAAAUAUCCAAUCGCUGCAGUUUUUGGAAUUAAUUGACUUGUCACAUAAUCAGUUGAAGACUGUUGAGGAAUUGGACUUUGCAAGAUUACCUCGAUUAAGGCAGCUGUUGUUGUCAAUGAAUAGUCUUGAAUCUUUGAGUGAAAUGGCCUUCCAUAACUCAUCACAGUUGCAGUAUAUCGAUUUGAGCCAUAAUAAGCUUGAACGACUUGCUGAGAGAACAUUCGAGGGAUUGACAAGAAUUGAAGUUUUGAAUCUUGACAACAAUCACCUAAGUGAAUUGCCGGAUGGCUUAUUUGAAAGAUCAAAACUUCAAAUGCUUGAGAAUAUCAUUCUGUCCAACAAUAAAUUCGAGAAUCCACCUCUUAAGGCUCUUCAUCGUCAAUACUUCUUUGUCAGCUUUGUAGAUUUAAGUCACAAUAAAAUCAGGGAAAUCCCGAGUGAUGACAGCGUCAUGAUUAAUGUUAAGAAACUCGACCUAUCCUACAAUCCUUUAUCUGAACAAGCUAUAAAGAAUGUCCUUAGUGAACCAAAAACAAUCAGGGAAUUAAAUUUAGCUGGAACUGGAAUCAAAGAAAUUUCGUCACUAGAAACUCCAUUCUUACAGACAUUGAACUUGUCAGGCAAUAACAUUGAGAAGAUUGAUGAACAAAUAUUUGAGAGAGCGAGUUUAUUGCAGUCAUUGGACUUGUCAAGCAAUAAGCUUUCAUCAUUCACUAAACUGUCACUAAUCUGGCCGAAAUUGACACUUCUUCAAGCUCUGAACUUGUCAGAUAAUCCAUUUGAGACACUUCUGCAAGGAGACUUUGAUAAUUUGGAGAUGCUGAAGAGUUUGUCAAUCCAUAGUUUAGAGAAAUGCUCAAGAAUUGAGAAAAUGGCUUUUAAGAACUUACCAAACUUGUCAAAUCUUCAAGCGUAUGAUUAUCCAAGACUUGGCUAUAUGGAUGUAAAAGGAAUCCUCAACGAACUUCCUGGACUUGAAGUUUUAGAUAUUGAAAUCAAGGAUACAGCUGUUGGAAGUGACCAAUUACAGCCAUCAAAUCAUCCAAGACUAAAGGAACUAGGACUUCGUGGAUAUAGACUAAAAUCACUUUCCAGCAGUUCCUUAGCUGGCCUCAAAUCCAAAGACUUGUACAUUAAGCUUAGAAACACAUCAUUAUCAACUUUAGCGCCAGCAAUUCUCUUCCCAGUUCCUCGAUCUGCAAAUCUUCAUCUCGAUGUCUCAGGUUCAAUGUUGACUGUCCUUACACCUCAACUUUUACUAGCCCUUGAAGAUCGUAGAAACAGUUUAACAUUGUCAGGUUUAGAAAGCAAUCCAAUCCAUUGUGACUGCAAUUCAAGAGCAUUAAGGCGUUGGCUACCGAAUUCACUUAUGUCAGAGACAAUUAGAUGCGUAACUCCAGAUGACCUUCAUGGACGGUUAUUAGUUGAAGUUGGAGAUGAUGAACUGACAUGCAAUCCAAAGAAAGCAACAACAGAUGUCUCAACAACAAAGCAGCAACAAGACGAGCCUGAAACUUUACUCCCACAGCCAAGACCAUCAUCACGAAUUUUAUUAAAAGCUACAACGACUGAGCCUGAUAUUAUUUGGAGUGUCCCAAUUACACAGUCAGCAAAAAUUAAGACAAAAUCACAGCCAGUCAAGCAGACAUUAACAAAUGAUGAUACAUUGAUUAUUGGAAUUGUAGGCGGUGUUGUUGCUUUCAUUGCCAUCUUAAUUAUUGUCAUUUGUAUCGUCCGAUUAAGGAUGACUGGACCUCAUUAUCCUACACAUUUAGUUGGAAUUCCACCAAUGUCACUCGGACCAGGCAGCGUACAAAUGAAUUACAAAAGCUCACCUCCAACACUUUAUGGAGUGCCUCCAUAUGCACCACAAAGCUAUGCCACACUUCCUCACAAAAUGUCAUCAUCGUCACAAGCAUCGCUAAGGCAAAGUUACGCUACAAUGAGUCGGAUGUCUAUAAAUGGACAGCAGCAACAGCAACAACAAAAAUUCCAAGACGAAAGAGAAAAAAAUCUCGGUGACGGAAAAAGUUAUUGUAAAAUUAUUAAGGAUUUAAAUACAUUACAAUAUUAA